ACACACACUGACUGAAGGUGUUUGAUGUCAGAAUCAGAAGGUUCUCCCCCCACAGGCCAAAUGUGAGAACUAUAAGUACUAGAAAAAGAACAGAGAAAAAGUCAUUUAGUCCAGAUAAACACCAGGAGGAGCCGGUUAGCCUUUCUGCUUCUCUCUUAAUAAGGUGAAGAAACACCUUGAAAUACUGCGCUGCUCUGAAACACCAAGGUCACGUAAAUAAUUUGUCCACUUUGACUUGUGUUGUCUUCCCCUGUGAGUAGGAGUAGGAGGUGGGAGAACAUCACUCCCACUCCCUGGAGCUUGACCCAUUCAGAGUAGAGAGAGGCAGUAGUACACAGAGUACAGAUACUCCGAGUGAAGACGGUAGAAGAAGUAUGCUGCUGGUGGACGUCCUCUGCUGUGGAGUGUUAACACUCUGUUGGAUCCAGCUCUGUGUGGCCCCUGAUGUCUCGGGAGGACAGCAGCUGAUCCAGGACCAGAGUCCGUCAGUGACAGACCAAAAGAAAAAACAAACCCUGGCUCCCGCCCCUGGCCCUGACCGUGCACCUUGCUACGUGGACGACAUAUUUGCAGCGCUGCGUGAAAGUGUGGGAAACAGUGAUGAGCUCACAGCCAGCAGCUUCACUCUCUUUGGGAUCUGCAGAUCACCUGGUAUCUCACCAGGCUCGGUUUUACACGCCCUCUCCCAGAAGGCCAGCACAAACCAGGGAAGUGGACUGACCGUCGUACAUCCCACUGAUGUGGCUGUAGAAGAAGACGACAGAGGAACGCUGGUGCUGAGGUUGGACCUCCCCCCAUCUCCUCUGCUGGCACUCACUCCUGUCCUGCUCCUGGUGUUUGAGAAUCUUCUGACAGGGGACGAUGUCCAGGCCACGUUCACCAGUCACUCUCUGCAGCCAAACACACAGUCUGCAUGCAUUUCAGGAGAGACGCGAUACAUCCUGCUAACAGGUGAACCGUCAGCAGAGGGCGACCCUCGUCAGAACUGGAGGAUUGGCAUUGAAACCACGUCCCCUGACAUGAAGCCAAACCUCAAAGACUUUUUUACUGAUGAAAAAUCGAGAAGUAAAAUCAACAUCACUCCGCUUCUGCUUGUCUCCGGAGGAACUAGUCCGAGGCCCAGCUCAGCCUCCUCACAGACGUUCUCCUUUCUCUGUGAGCUAAAGAGGUUUCUGUGUGAGGUUCUACCCCAGGAUCAGCCUCACUCCCCUCACAUCCAGCUGAACUCCUUACUGUCCUCACCUCCUCUGUCCCUGGGCCCGUCCUCCAGUGAGGCCUUCUUGGUCGGACUGAUGAACUCCUCGUCUCCCACUGUUUUCUCCUUCACUGGAUGGAGCUCCGCGUUCUCUGAGCAUCACGGCCAGUUGGCCCUGUCUCCUGCUCUGCUGGAGGAGGUGAGGCGGCGGCUGGAGCACAUUGGAAUGCAGGUGGUGGAGUUAAUAAAGGAGGAGGCAGUGGGUGAGAGGAGCACAGAGAGAAUGGAGAGACUCAAACAACUCAGUGAGCUGCCAACGAAGGAACCUGCUCCAGGUGAGAGCCAGUACCGUGCAUUUCUCCUUGUGAAAGCUCUGCAGACGGUCCUACAGGCCUACAAGCUGAGGGUCGGUCUCCGCACCACCAGAGCAGAGACAACCACCCCAGGCAGGGCCUCCGUCUGUGGGCUGAGGAGCCUCACCGUCUCCCUGGAGAAGUACCUGGUGGGUCCAAACACAGCUGUCAUCAACAACUGCCGAGGCUCUUGUGCUUUCCCCUUGGUCAACACCAUCAACCACGCCGUGCUGCUCAACUCCCACAUUGAGGGCGGAAACUCGGAUGAGCGCGCCCCCUGCUGUGUGCCCGUGGCCUAUGAAGCCCUGGAGGUGGUGGAUUUAAACGAGGACGGAGCUUUUCUGUCUGUUAAACCUGACGUCAUAGCUAAAGAGUGUGGAUGUCGCUGAGGCAGAUUUUCUCCUUGUUCUUAUAACUUGUCACUAGUUAGAGUUAGAGAUAGAAUGUCACUAGUACCAGUGCACAAGUGUAGUUUAGUAAGGCUGUGAUUUCCACCUGAUGGAGUCAGUACACACGUACAUCCUAUUGUUCUGGCAGCUGCCUUCAGGAGUCAACUCUGUUUCACCAUCUCUAACUGCAGCCAUGAAUCUUCUGUGGUGUCUUCUCGAUGGAGAUCUAAGGAUCUCCAUCGUCUUUUUCAGUAUAUCCACUGUCUCUGGGGGCCAUGGUGGGGUUAGCAGUUGGAACCCUGGUCAUGUUUAGGUUACC